GUUAUUUUAUGUUUAUGUAAACACCUAACCUAACCUUAUGGAUCUGACAACUCUUAUAUUUGACAGCGACAUUGAAUUGGUUUUAUUUAUUUUGAGAAAAAGUAUUGAAUUUUUUAAAACAUGGGACUACUUGAAAGUUUAUAUGACAUGAACUAUAAUGCAGAAUUAAGUGUUCAUAUAGAGUGCACAGUUAUAUAGCUUCUAAAUUACAGUAAAAGUAAUCUAACCAAUAUGAAUUCGAAUUCCACACCAGUUUCAGUCACUAGCGAUGAAGUAGAUAAUUUCAGACGGAGUCUGUUACAAUUACAGACCCCUAGUGCCAUCGAAAGAGUUGUUGAUUGGAUGGGAAUCAACGACAAUUCAUUAUCGUUCAAAGAUAGUGAAACGAAAAAUCUAGAUAAUUUAGGUACUUUCUACAGAUGUGACUAUAAAUCCAAUAAUACAGAUACUCAAGUGAACAUUGAUGACACAAAUUUAACAUCAGUAUUUAAUAAAAGUGUACCAUUGUGGGAGUCGCCAAAUUCUAUUGAUAGUAAAUCCACACAUGACACACUUGAAAAUAGUAAUCAAGACAUUUUGAAGCCUAGAAAUGAGUUUGUUAAUUCCUAUCAAUCAAAAAAAAACAAUUAUCAUUUCGUUCCCCCACCCAGUGUGGAGAGCAAAAAGAAGGAACUUUGUUCAUAUCUAAAAUUGAUGAAUCGUGGUUAUAAAAAAGAAGUGUUUUCUUCAAGAUGUAGAAGAUCUACCAGAGUUCAGAACUUGGAAAAAAAAAAGAAGAUAUAUUCCAAUCAUCGAUGUAAUGAUGAAGUGUGUAGUGAAAAAUCAACAAAAACGAAUAAAAGUAGACUGAGUGAUAAAGUUGAAUCUAUUGCAUUACAAUCAUUUGAAGACCUUAAUAUGAUAGUUGAUGUAUCAAAAUACCCCUCAUUACAGGAGGAUAUUGAUAAAAAAAGGUUCAAUUUUAUUAUGCCACCAGAAACAGUUUUGAAGGAGUUUGUUGAUUUUAAAAAUUGGAUAGAACCAUUUGUUGAUGAUCAAAAUAAUCAAAAUGGCUCAUUUGAUAAAAAUCAUAUUAGUAAUUCAAAUAAUCAUGACUCAACAGUCAUUACAGAUAACAAUGAAAAAAUUGAAAUUUCCGAAAUAACUCAAAUUGGUAAGAGGAAAAGAGAAUUCGAUAAAUUCCGGAAGAAAAUUAAAAAAAGAGUAAUUUCAAGUGAGGAUACUCAUAAUAAUAGUAAAAAAGAUGAGAGUAAUGAUAAAAUGGGACAACAAAUAGUGUAUUCUAAAACAAAUAAAAAAAUCCAUGAUUCUAUGUCAAUAACUAAGAAUAGUAAUAAUUGUAUAGUUUUAUUACAUAAUGAAAUUUUAGUACAUAGGGAUGAAGAGGAUUUCAAAGAAAAUUUGGCAAAUAUUGAAGAAAAACAAAAUAUUGAUGACUCGGAGUCAGAGGAAACUGAAAAUAUAAAGAUAAGAAUAGACUAUGAAUCGACACAUCUUAAUGAUGAAGAAAUGAAGUAUCACAAUACCUCAUCAAGUGGAAAUAGCAUAAUGUCUUAUCAAACGCUAUACUUUAAAGGCUUCCAAAGAGAAGACAGAGAGAAAAGUGAAUUAAUGCUAUCUUAUUUCAAUUUCUCUACAAACUGUAUUCAUUGUGUACCUGACAAUAAAGAAAAUAGAAAUUACAUAUGCCGUAUAUAUUUGAAAGAAAAUGAAAAAAAUGGUAUUUGUUCAACUGAAAAUCAAAUAAACAGAAAUGAUAUAAAUAUCAAAGAUACAAUAGAAAUUCGGUCGAAGAGUGAUUCUACAUCUGAUGCAUAUUCUAGUGCAGAAUCUGAAGAUAGUUCCACUAGUGAUUCUACUUCAAUAUCAACGCCUAACUGUGAAAUAAUCAGUCCCAGUCAAAUAACUAAAAGACUUCUUGAAGUUAAACCCUUUUGUGAAAGAUCAGAUAUCCAAUCUCUACAUAAUCUAUUGAAUAGACCAGUUAAGAAAGUCUCAAGUUCGAUUGUAUUGAAUUCUGUUCAUGACUGGGAUUCAGAUAAUAGCAUGAAUGGAAAACAGAAAUUUGAGAGCAGUAAAAAUAAUUCCCAUUUUAUUUCCUUUAACAAGGAAAAUGGUUCAAUUCUGAAUGCUGUUUAUGUAGAUUUUCAUUUAAUACUUAUUCAGGAAUUUUCUGUUUCAAUGUGGAAUCAAACUGCAUUGGGAAAUGUGUUAGGUGCACAAAAUUUAUGGAUAUUUAAUGGUGAUACCAAAAAAUUGAUACUAAAUAAGGAAUGCAUAAGGAAAAAAUCAUUGGAAAUGACAGUAUCAACAGAUGAUUGUGUUGCUUAUUUUGAGCUUUGGACCAAAGAACAUAAAUCAGACUUUCGACAGGGGCCAGUGGCUGAUAUUUUCGUAAUAGUUUAUUUUUGGCUACAAAAAUCUAAUAAAAUUGAUAAAAAGGUUCAUCAGUUGGAAAAUAUCAAAGGAUUUUCGGAUGAUGUGCAAUAUGUUGUUUUGAAACCAUCAUUAAACAUUAUCGUGAGUUGGCAUUCCGUUAUUCAAGAUGUGAAAAUAACGCAAGUUCAUGUUUAUACUUUGGCAUCUGACUUUCAAAAGAUAGUAAAUGUAAGAGCGAUGUCUAGGGUAGAGCAUUAUGUAUCUUCUUUACAUAACAUUGAAGAUUGCGAGGAACUCCUGAUGGGUUGUGGAGAAAAUGCAAUAACACUAUGGAAUAUAGAACAUGGAUAUAUAGUAUCAACGAUUAAAUUGAAUGAUAUCAAAUUAUCUCUUUCUACUCUUUGGGCCAAGUGUGAUAGAGGUAUACUGUUUAUACUUCAGCAGUGUGUGGAUAAAGAACUUAGACUGAUAGCUAUUAAUGGUAGAAGUCAGUCGUGGAAGAAGUUAAAAAGUUAUAAACCUCCUGAAGGUCUCGAAAGGAUCCAGAAUGUGUACAUUGAAAAUGGAGUCCUGAUAUCAUUCUAUGAAGAAGGCGUAGUUUGUUGGAAAGCACAAACUACUGAACAAAUUAUGGAGGAGAACCAUGAGACUGAUAUGAAAUAUUUUUCAUCUGGAAAAUAUGUUAUUAUGACCACUGAAAAAACUGCCUUCAUCAGACACGCCCUUACACAUCUCCUGACGGCCGAUUAAAAUUGUAAUAUUAUUUGUAAAUAUUUCAUUUAAUUGUUUGAUUUUAAAUAACUAUAUGAAGAAAUAUAUGAUGUUUUUGUAGAGAA